GGGAAACUCAACCUCUCAGCUGUGUUAGAAUAGCAUUCACGAAGGUUCUGAAGUAAUCCAUGCGGAUAUAACAAGGUGGCUAUGUCCGCAAAUCCCGAACAAUCGGUCAGCUCUGAAGAUAUAAAUAUGGGCAACGUCUCGGAAGUCUAGUCCAGCACUAUCAACAGAAUUAUCCAUCUCUCAUAAAUCAAAAUGUCUGUCCCCACUAGAGCACUUGGCCGGAAUGGACCCGAGGUCUCUUCCGUCGGAUUUGGUUUGAUGAGUAUCGGCGGCGCUUACGGCGCAGUUCCCAGUGACGAGGACCGUCUGGCUCUACUGGACCGUGCCCAUGCCAUUGGACAGUGGUUUUGGGACACUGCUGAUAUCUACGGAGACAGCGAAGAGAUUAUUGGGACCUGGAGAGCCAAGAACCCCGACAAAGCAAAGGACAUCUUCCUGGCGUCGAAGUUUGCGAUCCAGGUGUAUGAUGGCUUUCGCCAGAUCAUUGACACCAGCCCCGAGUAUGCCAGGACGGCGCUGGAGAAGAGCCUGAAGCGUUUACAGGCCGACUCUAUUGACCUGUACUACGCUCACCGAGUUGACGGAAAGACCCCGAUUGAGAAGACUGUUGAGGCAAUGGUCCAGUUCAAGAAAGAAGGCAAGAUCCGGUAUCUAGGCCUCAGCGAGGUAUCGGCCGACACUCUUCGCCGAGCUCAUGCCGUUCACCCUAUUUCUGCGGUGCAGAUCGAGUACAGCCCGUUCGCCCUUGAUAUCGAGGACCCGCGGAUUGGCCUCCUCGAGACAUGUCGUGAACUCGGGGUCGCCGUCGUCGCCUACAGCCCCGUUGGCCGUGGGCUGUUGACAGGCAGAUAUGCAACCCGGGAUGCCCUUACCAAAGACAUAUUCCUUAACAUUCUUCCCCGUUAUUCCGAGGAGAACUUUCCUGCAAUCCAGAAGUUGCUGGAGGUCAUCAAGGCAGUCGCCGAGCGAAACGGCACUACCCCCACCCAGACCACGCUGGCCUGGCUGUUGGCUCGUGAGCCUUCUGUUAUUGCAAUUCCUGGAACACGGUCUAUCAAGUAUCUGGAAGAGAACACUGCAAGUGCCGAUAUUAAACUUACGGACGAAGCGAACAAACUCAUUACCGAUGCCGUCAACGCUACAAAGCUCGUGGGUAAUAGGUAUCCCACCGAGUACAUGCCGGAUAACUAUGAGUUUGGGGACACCCCAGCCUUGAAGUGAGCGUUGCUGGUUGAAUGGAAUCUGGGUUAAUGGAUCAAGGAAUAGCUAGACCAGCUGAAUUUACAACUUCACCAUCUUGUCACAGCAGGGCAAUAAACAAUGUUUGGUAGAUACGCCACUCAUAAUAAUUCGAGAUCCAUUCGGCUGCUGCAAAGGCAUCACCGACAGACGCAACAGAAUCACAAGAUUAGACUGGAGUAGGAUGCGACUUUGUCUAGCAGUCUGCAUCUACAAGAACCAC